GUUCGUCUCGGCCGUUGGACAGCCAGCUCGUGCGCUCGCUGCUGGGCUGUGCCUCCGUGGGUCUGAUCCGAGCGUUAGUCGUCGCGGUUCUCCUCUUUAGCACGCUAGCUGUGAUAUUUUUCCUCUGAAGACAUUGGCUGAAAGGAAACAUAACAGGUCAGUAUUCGCUGGCUUAUAUCGGGGCCGUGUAUUUAGGCGAACUCGGUGGUCAUUUCACCGCUUUUGAACGAGGAAACUCUCGUGAGGCGAAAGUUGUACAGGUAGCGUAGACGUGAGUUGAGGUGUUAGUUUAGCUAGCUAUAGCUAACCAGCCCUUUUGGUCUUAACCACCGGGUUCCUGCGUUACUCGGGCCUCCCUGCUAACGUUACUUAGCAACUAAUCAUAUCUGUUCUUACUGUGAUAAUCGACAGGGAUCCAUUUCAUACCUCAGUCAGAAACUAUCAAUUUCGAUAAUCUUAAACGCUGGUUUUGUUCUCAGGUGAUCUGAACUUUAACUGUGAAACCGUCCUUCGUAGCAGCAGUGCGUCCUGCUGGAUUUGCGGUGACAUUGCUGAGACUUUUGGGACUAGAGGAAUUCGCUUUACUUUCUGCUGUCAGCCGGGUAGUACAUGUGGAAGUGCACACCUUUCUGAUUCAUUUCUAAUGUGAGUGACUGACAAGUAGCUAGCUGGUGAGGUCAGUGAUCUGGCAUGGAUUCUUGUAGAGGCUCUACUCCGUCCAGAUGUGCCACCUCAUCGACAGCCUUCAGUCCGUUAGCUCGUGUUAGCGUUCACAGGGUUAGGGACGAGAACAGGCCACUUCGUUGACCAGCACAACUGCAUAGACACACCUUAUUACACACAGACCAGCCAUAACAUUAGGAACACCUUGGAAAUCUUAUUAAAUCCAUUAAAAGAGCUCGACCUAGAAGUCUACUUUUAAGAAGUGUCUUUAUUUUGAUGAAGUGGUGAUGCACUGGAGUGUGUUGUAUUGACAGGUGUCCCUUAUAUUUUGUCCUCAUCACGAACAAACAUGUGGGAACACCUUUCAAAAUAAAGCACACCUGCACACCAGCGACACCCACUACAGCUUUAACAUCAAUUAUCACCUGAUUGACCAUGUUAACAAAAAUAAAGAAGAAGAGAGUGUGAAAAGGAGAGUUGUAUUGGCAUGUAUUAGAUUGCCAUAGUAGUCAUACUGUUAUGGACUGGUCGGUGUGUUUGUCAGGCAGACUGCUGUGCAGUAAGGGAAUGUACUCAUGGCAGUUCUGCGGUUUUAAGGUGUGACUUAGGUAUUUUGUAAUUGAAUUGGAGACUAAAAGUAGUUAAACUUGUUUGUAGUCAUUGUGAUUAUUAAUUUAUUUGGAUCCCCAUUAGCUACUACCUAAGUAGCAGCUACUCUUCCUGGGGUCCGCAAGAAGACAGUAAACAUUUGUAUACAUUAAAAUUAUAAAAGUCCAAACGGGAGAAUUAUACAAGAUGUUAAAAUCAUGAUGACAAUACAUUUCCAAAUACAAAAGACAUCAAUAAAGGCCAAGAUAAAUGUACUCGUAAUCCAAAUCCCAUUGAUAUUGGUAUACCUUCUUUUUAAACACAUUUACUGGCAAAUCUCGUAAUGACAGAGGAAAGACUAUUUCAUAUUUUCAUACCUCUGAACAUGACAGUACGCUGUCCAGAGUUAGUAUUGGUGUAAAUUAAUUUGAUGAAUUAAACUUUGAUGGGUUUCAGACUAAAUGAAGUGUCUUCUUUUACAUCUGUGCUGCUCUUUUGUCUUAUUUGGACUCUGGAUUUGAAACCCAGGAUGUGCUAGACAAUGGUUUACACUUGAGGUGAAGUCAGAUUAUGUCUUAAUCAGCCUCUUAUCUGAUAAACAUUUAAUUAAUAUGAAUCAUUAGUUGGCAUCGUCUCGAUGGAGUGAAAGCUACAUGGUGUGAUGUUAGAAUUACUUUGUGUUCUUGUUUAGAACAAAUGAUUUGUUCUGUAAAGUCUCUGGAUUUUACACUGGGGUGAUAAUUAGUAACACUGACUUCCCUGCCGGAUGUUUUAUGAUAAAAGUUUUUGUCAGGUCAGGGGGCUGCUGCAAGGAUACUUCUUGUUUUUAUUUCAGGGCAUACAUAAGCCUCCCUGCAGGUGUUUCCUCAAAAAGGAAAAAUCCGAGCUUUAUUUGGCCCUGUGAGGACAAAAGAAGAGCACAGUAGGGAGGGUCACAUAAUUGAAUCCACACUUUUCAUGCUCUGUUUUAUUGUGGUAAGAAAAGUCAGAUUUGAACUAAAUCCAGCCCCCACUGUCCUGAGUGAACUUUCUUGACUGCAAUACAAAUGUCAGAAAUAAAAAUGUGUGGAAACUGAGAAGGAUGACAGAUAUUAACCACUGUUGAAAGCUGGACCAGUAUUUCGGGGAAAUCUGUUUAUACUUGGUUUAAUAUUGUUGAUGUCAGGAUCUAAUAUUAGCCUGUAAAGCACUUUGGAAUGGAGGCCCAGGGGCUUGUGUAACUGGUGACCCCCCACCUAACCAGUUGACAAAUACUUGUUUGGGAAACUGACAUAGAAAGGGAGUUACGAACAGAUUCAGCUGACAUCUGUAUCAUAUGUGGUUUUACGCUCUUGCAGUCAGCAAAAAAAGGCUUGGCAAAUGUAUGAAGAAUGUGUGAGUAACCUUGGCAGUCGGUCAACUAACUUUGUAACAGUAAUAUGAAUAUUUAUGGUUUCAGAUUAGAUUUGUUGUAUCCUUUUAGAAGUUUUCCAACAUGCUGUACUGUUGGAGGACAAUGAAAUCUUUAUAAAUUGUGCACAAGCUGUUUAGAGGAGUUGCUUGGAUUGACUUGAGUCUGUAAAGCUUCUGUCGUUACUAAAAGGGAAGCCGAUCAAGUCUGUACUCAAUUUGAGAAGUACAGAAAAUCUCACUUCUGUUUUACGAACUUCCAUCCACCCAUUUCCAUAAGAAAAUAAUGAAACCAGACCACAUAGGUAAAGCUAAACACACCACAAGAUUGGUGUGUUUAAAUAUCUACUUUUUUGUACAUGGGUUUAUUGAUUUCUUUACUUCUUCUGCAAAACAUCGUCUCUUGGCUUUCCUCCUAGCUCCAGAUUAGAGUGAGAGACGGCAGCCAAAGAUUAACGCCACUGCAGCGGGAAUUUCUCCAGACUAAGUGGAUCAUUUUCAGCUGACUGCUCUGGCGCACCAAUCAGAGCUGAAACAUCUCUAUUAAUGUUCACAAGAUACUCAAAGUUAAGCCUUGUGGUUUUUCUACGUAAACACCACAAUGCAAAUGAAACUAUCAUAUUACACCAAAAAUAUCCGUCAGUUGAGCUGGAGACCGGAGUUUUUUCAGGUCACAUGGAGGCACUGUUAGCGUGACUUUAAUGUCAGCUGUGUAGAUUCAACCAUUGAAACCCUCUCUGUCUCUGGCCUCCUCUUGACCUGAGGGCUUUAAUCAGUAUCAUUCAAAGGCACAGCAGGAGAAAACUGGAACAUGGAGUCUGAACUAGGUCGCUGUCUUCUGAGGGACACCCUUUAUCCUCUGCAGAGAAGAAUAUAUGGAGGGUUAGGGAUGGUGUUUCUGUCUUGCUGGUUAUUUUGGUGAAGAUACAUUUUAAAGCUCGUAGGCCCUCUUCAAAGAAUGAAAGGUAUGUUUGUGUGACGCUGUUGAACAAGUUCUAUGUUCAGUUUCAUCCUUGUGUGAAAUCAUGAGUCUGUGUGAAGUCAUGGCCGCCUCAGACCUCAAAACAGAUUGACUUUGCUAGAGAAGCGAAAUUGAUUUAUUGAUGUUGAAUCGUUUAAACUUUAAAAACAUUUUUUUAUUUUGCCCCCCAGGAUAAUGGAAGCAUUUUUAAUCAGUGAUUGUGCAAGCAACAACAAAUGUUGGUUCCCUUUUUCCUGCUUUAGAUGAAGCUUUUCCCUUUUCUGUACAGUCAUAGCCUGUGGCGGUAGACAUUAUUGGAAAAAGUACAGUUUUAUCGAGUUCAUGACAGCGUGCAACUAAUUUUUUAAACAUGUGCAUACUGUAUAUUCACAAAAAGAAUAUAAUACUUGCUUUUUAAAGCCUGUCUGUGUUUUUUUCCUUGAUCAAAAAGUAUUUUGUCAGUAGUCUUGCUCUUGUUUUAUUGAAUUAUUAGGUGAAAUUUCAUUCUAAAAAGGUUCACAAUGCCACACUCAAUCAUAUUGUCAAACAUGGGGACCGUGUUUAAACAGAGCACUCCGCCAAUCAGUUUCUGUGGUGAGGUAAUCUGGCGAAGAGGAUAAUCUGCUGCUGCUGGUGGUGGUCUUGUUUCUGCUGUAAUCCUGUUUCAGAAAAAGCUGCCAACCAGAUUUGUAUAAUUUUGUGUGCCAGAAUGAUAGAUUAAGUGAGACCCUGUUUGUUGUACUGUCUGGGUAUUGUGAUCAAGGUCACAGAUGAUAAGCUAUCCACAAGAUCAUGAUGGCAGCAACAUGGACUGCAUGUCGGCUGACAAGGUAUUUUUAGGUCGAACUGACGCGGUGUGUGCUGAGGAGCUUGUUGUCAUAAUAGAAACAAAAUUCCUCCAUUAACAGAGCACCAUGCACAAAGUCACUGAGCAACUCUUGGAGGCAGGGCUCAAGUGUCUAUUUAUUAGUUUACUCCUGAUUUAAUUAAUUCUGUCAGUUCAACCCCCGACAGAAUUAGUAGCUUGCAAAGUUAAUUUAUGAAAGUGCAGCUCAGUAAAAACGUGUCGGAGUGAAAAUUAAAUGUGUCUUUUCCUUUUUCUCUCUCCAUACAGAGUCCUUUUUGCGGGCUGCACCUUUUCUCCCUUCUCCCUUUCUUUGUUUUUGUUUUGUUUUUGUUUUUGUUUUUUUGUUUCCAGUUUAUUUUAUUUUGGCGCAGGGAGAACAACUUCUCCAUCAGAGUUUCAACCAGUUGUUUUGAUGGUCUGGGACCAGACUGCACCCACUUUAGGACACAAACCUUGUGGGUCGAACACAUAACAGGAAAGAAACAUGAGCACAGCUAAGCCUACUGGGAUCAAAGCUCCCAGCAAAAUAGCUAAACCACCUGGAACAACAGCGCCCAAGACCAACCCCAGCACAGGUAACUAUCUCCAAAGUUUCCUCAACUUAUGCUGAAUGUUUACCAUAGUCAGGUCCUUGGCUGCUUCUUAGGUUGUGACAUGACAUACUGCACUUUCUUCUUUUUUGUCAGUACAGAGACCAACAUUUUGCCUGCUUGCUGUUGAUGCCAUAGUUAGAGUUUUUACAGUCGUCCAUUGUCAAUCAGACUGAUGAUUUACAGAUGUUCAAAAGUAGUAUGAACUGACAAACUUCAAGUCCUUUCAAUGUUUGUUUACUCCACGCUUUUUUAAGAGAGUUAGUGAAUACAUUUACCCGACUAGUAUGAUCUGGUUUUAAAACUGCAUGAUUUUGUUAACCUUUAGAGAAAACUGGUAAUGGAGGUUUUUGUAAAACAAGACAAAAAAAUCCCCCCGAUCUGCCCCAGCAGUCCUCUUGUCAUCAUGUGGAUCCCGAGUGACUGGAUGCUCUGGCGGUUAUCCAGGAUCCAAAGAACCGUCGUUACACGGGUGACUCAUCAUAGCUCUAUCUCAUCCUUCCUGAACUUAAAGUAUUGGAUGACCAGAGCUUGAGGAUAUCAACAGAGUCAGGGGGAAUCCCAAUACAAACCUCCACUCCUAGAGGAUGGGGGGUUACAAUGUAAAAACUGCAAGAAAGUACUGGGUGACACCCAUGAGGCUGCUGCACAAAUGGCCUCCAGGGGCACCCCUCUGAAGGCCAUCUAGGAUGUGGAAACACUCCUCAUGGAAUUACACUUUACGCUAGCUGGCGAAUAUGUUGCACUACUUCUAACUAAACAUAUGUUUUAAAUUAUUUUCAAACCAUCAGUUUCUGUUUUUACAAACAUUUAGCAUAGUGUCCUAACUCUUGUGAAACUUGAGUUGUAUUCGAUUAAGUCUUUCUUCUUCCUGCUCCCUUAUUUUUCAUCAGGGGCUAAAGUGGCUGCGACAGACAAAUCAGCUGCAAGUGCCAGUGGAGGAGAUCCUCAGAGUGGCGAGGAGAACUUCCAGAUUGGGGAGCGAGUUUGGGUGAAUGGGAAUAAGCCCGGCUACAUACAGUUUUUGGGAGAGACACAGUUCGCCCCAGGACAGUGGGCAGGGAUUGUUCUAGAUGAGGCAAUCGGGAAAAAUGACGGUUCUGUCGCGGGGGUGCGGUACUUCCAGUGUGAAGCACUACGGGGGAUUUUUACGCGUCCAUCCAAGUUGUCUCGCACAGAAGGGGAGGCAAAUGGAACUCAAACCGCACCACCCUCCCGUGCCGCGUCCCCCACCCCCUCAGUCGGUAGUGUGGCCUCACACACGCCUGCUGCAAAGUCAUCAUUACCCUCAACCACAGCCAAGAAGGCCUCCACGACAACCACUACACCGGCUACACCAUCCUCUAACCUCGCACGCACAAAUAGUGAAUCUGUUUCCAACUUGUCUGAGACGGGUUCAGUGAAGAAGGGGGAGAGAGAGCUGAAGAUGGGCGAUCGAGUAUUGGUAAGAAGAAAAUUGUUCUUUGUCUACCCUGAAUAUUUAAAUCAAGUCUUACAGAUUCAAUGUUGUGUCUCAGUGCCGUUGAUAUUCACAUAGACAAUCCUUGAUUAGGAGUUGUAGAAUUGAUGAAACCCUGUGUAAUUAACACAUAAAACAUGGUCACUUUAUGUCACAAAACCUCUACCUUUUAGUCAACAGUUGAGUGCGGUAACCAUCUGUGUGUAACCCUGCUGGAUUGAUUGAAUCUUUGUGGGCACUUUGCUUUCUUCCUAAUCCACCGCAUGCUUUUGCAUUAGGUUAACCAAUCACAUGACUGUCCGCAAACCCCUGAGCAGCAUAUUUGUUUCACAUGAAGAUCCAGCAUACGCCUCUUACAGCUCUGAUCUACAGAUUGACUAAAUAGUCUGAGGAAAGUCCUUUCCAGGCCCCCGACAAAACACACCACUAAUCACAAAAACAAACGGCACAUCUUCUCACAAAUGUCCCUUUCAGUCAGAAUGAAAGGCUUUACCAAGAACAGUUCAUGCCUUCACAGUUUCCUUUACCUUUACUUGGUGUAGACUGGUGCUGUACACCCACUCUACUAUUUCGGAUCAGUCUUAAAUCUUGCAUGGACGAGAGCUCAGCUUGUGUAAGGGCAUUGCACACACACUGUUGUUGCUUAGUCCCUGCAGGAACCCUUACAUUGGAAUUAUACAACAAUCUGAAAAAAAAAAAACAUUUUCCGUUUCUCAUAAGUAAAAGAGCAAAAAGCCUAUAGAUGCCUUUUACCUUUGCUUUGAUGGAAUUAUCUCACUUAGGGUUUAUUACAAAGCAAAGCUGAUUACUCUUUCAGCCUCUCUCAUCAGUUGAGAAGAUUAAAUGUUGGCUAAUGUUUUGUGUUUUCUUUACAGGUCGGUGGUACAAAAGCUGGAGUGGUACGUUUCCUCGGGGAAACAGAUUUUGCUAAAGGCGAGUGGUGUGGAGUGGAAUUAGAUGAGCCCUUGGGAAAGAAUGAUGGAGCAGUGGCAGGCACAAGGUACGAAAGCAAAUAGAUGUGAACAAAGACUUGUUAUUCCUGUCAACCACAUGUAAACUUUGACUUCAUUAUCUGUCUGCAGAUAUUUUCAGUGCCAACCUAAGUAUGGCUUGUUUGCGCCGGUGCACAAAGUCACACGCAUUGGAUUCCCUUCCACUACACCAGCCAAAGCAAAAACAACGGUUCGAAAAGUGGUGGCCACGCCAUCAGGGCUAAAGCGCAGCCCUAGUGCCUCUUCCAUCAGUACCAUGAGCUCUGUCACAUCCUCAGCCAGUGCCAAGCCCAGCCGCACAGGCCUGGUAAGACUUCCACACUCAUAGUUUCAGCAACGUAAGAAAAUCGAUCUCAAAUUCUGUGUGCCCUCACCAGCCUGACCUUUCUUUUCCACUGUCUCCUCUUAGUUAACAGAGACAUCAUCUCGCUACAAUCGUAAGAUUUCAGGCACUACAGCACUGCAGGAGGCACUAAAGGAAAAGCAGCAGCAUAUUGAGCAGCUAAUGGCUGAGAGGGACAUGGAGAGAGCCGAGGUCGCCAAGGCUACAAGCCAUGCGGGAGAGAUGGAGCAAGAAAUUGGCCUGCUCAGGGAUGAUCAGGAGCAAGUCAGUCUAGCUAGAGUUUUGUAACAACAGCCUUUUUGAUAUUGCAUCAUCUUCACAAUAAGGUUCCCUUGAAAUCAACCUUCAUUUAUUGAUUAUUUAUGAAAAUUUGUCCUUUUCUUGAAAGAUGGAGACUAAGAUGGACCACUUACGUGCCUUGGUAGAAGCUGCAGACAGAGAUAAAGUAGAGCUGCUGAACCAGCUGGAGGAGGAGCGAAGGUAAGGACUUGACAAAGACACACUGGUUAUUAUCGUAUUAAUUUAAUGUAUUUGUGGGAUAUAACGUGUAAUUGCUGUUUGGAUAAACUGGCUUAACUGUAAUCUCAAUCAUCAAAGUUAAACACAGUUUGCUCCCCAGAUGUGUUGAGACCACAACAAGAAAGCUCCAAAGAUUGUUGUUUUAUUCUGUUUAACAGGAAAGUUGAGGACCUUCAGUUCCGUGUAGAGGAAGCUUGCAUUACCAAAGGAGACCUGGAGGUAAAAUCACGACAAAGAUCCAUUAAAAAUUGCAGUUUUUACAGGAUCGGCUCCUUACAAACAAUUUUCUGAUUUGUUUAUAGCAGUGUGUGAUUAGAUUGAAAAUAAAACAUUUCCAUUUUUUUUGGUAUUUCAUGAAUUAGUUUAAGCACUUUCCCAAUGAAUUUAGAACCCCAUAGUUAACAUCAGUUUAAGUAGCAGGUGUUCCAGUCAGGCUAUCAGGGUUACCUCACCUUACAUCUAAAUAAUAAUGAAUUUACUUUUUUUUUAAUGCAGGACAGAGCAGGUCCAGUCAAAUUUAUGGUCAGAGAGCCUCAGUGUAGUCCACACAAAUCAUUUGCAUUAUCUCUUUUUACUGGAAGCGGUAGAAGCCAAACCCCUGUGCUGUCUCAGAGGGCAUGUUUGCAUGGGCAGUUUGAUCCUGGCUUCAUCACAUAUUAGUUGAUAUGCUCCCAAAUGCACCCAGAGCUGCACCAACAACUGAGCCUUCAAUGACUACGCCAGGCCAUGUCCAAACCAGAAAUGGACACAUAAGAAUAAACCAGUUAAAGGUUAAAUGUAGAUAUGUAAUUUAUUAGUCAAAGGGACUGUUCACAAAACAUAUUUGUUAUUCAUGUUAAGAUAUUUAGAAAAAACUGAUGAUCUUUUGUGAGGACAUUAGAGCUUGAGGCUUCGUGAAGACAGUCAGCACUUUCUUUUCCACAUUAUUGUGCUGCAGUAUUUCACUGUAGGCUCUUUAUUUUUCUUCUGGUGAGUCAUGUAUUUUUCCCCGGCUAUGAAAUGCAAAGUGUUGGCACAUAGUGGUUUCUAUGUUCAUAUCUGAUGGAGGAUUUGUCAUUUAUUCCACAGUUCUACACAGGGAUCAUCUCAAUUGCCCUGAAGGUGUCCAAGCUCAAAAUAGAUGUUUAAAAAUGAGGGCUACAGGGUUAGAAUAUCCCCUUAUCUUCUUUUUUUUAACUUGUAAACUAACAGAUUAUUUUUAACUCACUGCUGUGGAUUAAAAACUUGCAUGCAGCUCAAAAUACAGUAACAACAAAAAAUCUGAAUAGGCCAGAAUCAAAAAGCUUGUUUGACUCCAGCUGUUGAAGGUGAACUAAUGAUGUGCUAUAACCCUCAGUGCCUCCCUGUUAAGUGAUGUGAUGUUAUUGCUUCUUCUUCCUUCUCGUCCUCGUCUUUCAUGUUGGUCCAGUGCUCAGCAUGGAACCACUGGAGAUGCUCCCUUGUCAUUUCACUGCCCAGUCACAGACCUGUUUUCAGUGUUCCCUAUCAGCUAAGGGGAAAAAACUCAGAUAAAGAACUUAACUGGAGUUAGAUACAAAGGUAGACGCGCUCGGCUGUAACAUAGUUUAGACACACUCCAUUUAUCUUGAACAAUGGAUUCAUGGAAUUUUUUCUUUCAUCUAAAGUAUCUAGAAAAUGAACUUCAUUACCUUUAUUCUUAACUUUUAAUGUAUUAUACCAGUCACUUAGUUAGACAACUUCAGUUCUGCCCAUGGAAGAUUAAUGUUGUGUGACAAGAAAUGGGCCUUGACAUAGCAUACAAAAUUGGUGCUAUUUCCUUUUUUAGAAUAAACCUCAAAAUGCUUCAAACCUUGUUCAUCACAUGCCCAACAAGGAGUCAAAGGGGAACCUCUCUGUUUCUUGAUCUGGAGAUGCUUGUGUGUUAAGACUGUUCUGUUAAGUUGGUCACAAAUCCUACACAUGGUGGUCUAUCACUGGUUGUUACUCAUAAUAUCUGACUACAUGCGAAGUGGACAAUGGCCUUACCCAAAGAGAGAAAGCAGUGCGGGUAUUGAUGAGGCAUCUGGCUCUGUAAGUUGAACAAUUAUAACAUCAAGAAAUAAUAAUGGCUCAGCUGAAAGAAAUAUUAAAUACACGAAGCUUUAAUCUUCAAAUCCAUUUCUGUUGUCAAAUCAUAAAAAUUCCUAACGAUGAAUAUCUUCUGUUUGAUGAAUUACUAAGAGCUCAGAUUGAAAGAUAUGUUUCAGGAAACAUCCAUCACUGCUUUCUCAUGAUAUGGUGAACUCAUUUGAAUUAACUCUCUUGCCGGCUUGACACACACUGUAAGAUUUCUAAGUAUCAUAACAAUGAAUGUGCUUUGUUGACACGGUGUGAAUUUUGCAUGGGUACUUUUAAACUGCCUCUUUAAACAUACUCACAUUCACAACACAUGCCCCCCCUCUGCUGCUGCUUGUCCAGUAUUUUCCACCCUUCUCCCACCUACUCCCCAGUGUGCAGCUGUUGAUGGCACAGCCUGAGAUCUCUGCAUGGGGUUUCAUCCCAUUUCCACUUAUCCAUCUUUUCCCUCAUCCCACUCAGUACCUCAAGUAUCCAUACACAAGGACGCAUCCAUACACACACUUAUACAUACAUGUCACAACUUCCAUUGUCCAAUCCCAUCCACCCUCUCUUCUGUGUCCUCCUUCCCUCUCUGUCUGUGUUGGGCUGGCAUGUGAUGGUGGCACUGGUGUGUUCUCUUCCUCUCCCCCUUGUUUACUAACAGACGCAGACCAGACUGGAGCAUGCCCACAUUAAGGAGCUUGAACAGAGCCUGCUCUUUGAAAAGACCAAAGCUGAGAAACUCCAAAGAGAGUUAGAAGACACUAGGGUAAUGAUUUCUGCUCUGCAGUGUGCUGCUGGGAAAGAGGGCCUGGGCCUGGGAUGGUGGCCAAAAAAUGGAAACAAGGGUGCAGAGAGGUGUCAAGCAGUAAAUGGAUCUAUUGCUUUGUUUGGGCUUUCAGUUAAUGAACCCCAACAUUGAACUUUCUAGGGCCCAACAUAAGAGAGCACUACUUCCAAAAAAAUAAACUAACACACAUACUUAACUUGUUUAAUGCUUAAAUCAGUGCAUCCCAUCAUAUGUAAAUAUUUGAAAGUUUAGCGUCACAGUUUGAGACUUUGGCUACAGUUGAUUUUAGUUUCUUUUUUUCUGAAAUCCUGUCUUUCCCCAUAUUAAGCUGUUACUAAAAAAACAUCAGCUUAUUGACACGUAACUCUUUUACUCACAUUAUUUUACCAGAAAAGACCAAAUCUGAACUCACUCUUGCUUUAACAGUAUCGCUGCUUAACCAGACAGACACACUUCUCCUCCGUCCCAGCUAAUCAUCCACUCAGUUAUCCUAUGUUCUACUCCCCCAGUCCCUCCCAGCAUCCAUUUGUCCUGCUUAUUUGGUGUCCCUGCGUCUUGCCAGUCUUAAAAUCUGCUCCACCUCCCAGACCUCUACGCCUUGUUUCCCCUCAGGGUUUUACAGCUUCACAGGAUAUUAGGAUAACUAUAAUUCUUUUGUACAAUAGUUUGUUCAUGUUCGUUUAUUAUCUAAGAAAAUAUUGAUGUAGAUGAAAUGAUUGACCUGUCCUAACUAAGCAGUAAAAUGUAAAGUCGUAGUAGCAAAAGGUAAAUAUUAAAUGCAGUGGACAUAUUUAAAUAUGGAUAACAAGGACUUAUUCGAGGCUAAGUUGGAUCAAUAGGAUAGUAGUCCUGAGAGUUUUCCUGAGUUCAUACCGCACCUUAUUCCAGUGAUUAAUAUCAAAUCAAUAUUUAUAGGUUAUAAGUGUGAGGAUAUAAGAUGUUGGAAAAUGUCGAACACAGUGCUUAUAGCUUCAGACAUGCUGAGAGUUUGCUUCUGUUAUUUGGAUCAUAUUCGACGUAACCACAAGAGGUCAGUGUAACACCUUGAUGGUAGAAUCAGUGGUCAUGUGCCCUCUUUAUUUAACAAACCAAUUGAACCAUUAAUUAGUCCAAAAACAACACAGUGUUAUAAUCAUGUGCUUUGUUAUCAAUUGCUGCAGUGCACCAAUCAGAUUUAUAUUUGUAAAGUCUGAGUAAGAAUGUGACACUUGUGUUAGCAUGUAGAGGGUUGUUUCUUUCAAAUGUGAACUCCUUUGUCCAAAUAAGAUUUCUGCUUUUAAAGGUUGCUACUGUGUCCGAAAAAUCCCGCAUAAUGGAGCUCGAGAGGGACCUUUCACUUCGGAAAAGAGAAGUAGCUGACCUGCAACUUCGGCUCGGGACCCAGCAGGGCUCUGAGGACUCAAACUCAGCUCUUUCUCCUCUUCUGGAAGAGAUAAACUCUCUUAGGGAUCAGCUGGCUUCUCAAGAAGCGAAGCAGCAAGAAGAACUGGUGAAGUACAAAGAAAAGCUCGAGGCUCAAGAAAAGAGCCACACUGAGACAGUCGCCCAAAUUCAGGCGACAUCUGUGAAGAUCUCCGGUGACAAUGAGCAGUUGCAGAUGCGCAUAAGCCAAGCUGAGAAGGAGAAUGCUGAAAGUAUUGAGCAGUGGCGGUCCAAGUUAGAAUCUGCUGUUGCCUCUCACCAGCAAGCUAUGGAGGAACUGAAGCUGUCCUUCAGCAAAGGUGCAGGUGCCCAGGCGGAGGAACUUGUAGAAACCAAAAGUGCAUUAGAGAGGCUGAAGUUAGAGCACAAUUUGGCUUUAGAGGACGCUGCAGCCAAACAUGAAGCUGAUAAGUCUAAUUGGACUCAAGAAAGGCAGACCCUAAAGACACAGCUCUCGUCUUUGACUGAGGACAAGGAGCGGCUGGAGGAGUCACUGAGGUCUAGUGUCGAGAAAGUAGAGGAGCAGCACCUUGUGGAGAUGGAGGAUGUUCUUGGAAAGCUUCACACAGCAGAACUGAGAGUUAAGGAGCUUGAAGAGAAAGAAGCAACAUUAGCACAGCAAGCCCAAGACAAGGAGAGCGAAACCAAAGAGAAGAUGGCGGAAGUUGUCGCUCUGCGCAACCAAGUAGCACAAGGUAACCAGGAGAUCCAGGCCCUGAAGAGUCAGUUAGACGUGGUUCACAGCGAAGGAAAGAGCCAGGAUGUCAAGGUGGGUUUUUAUUUUCCUUUUUGAAGACUUCACCUUUACUUUUAGAGGGUUGGUGUGUGUCUGUCUUUUGAUAUUGUUGCAUUGAAUUGCCAGAAAAAUCACCCAUAAUUUCACAAAUAUUCAGAUGUGCACACGUCUUUUCUGUUUCAUUCACUGUAUGUUUUAUUUGACAUGUGAUACAGGUCAGUGAAUUGAUUUCUCAGUUGGAGAGCAAACAGCAAGAAGUGCUCUCUUCACAGCAGAGUCUUACCACUGUACAGCAGGAGAAGGACACCCUGGGACAAGAGCUGGGAGGCUUGGUGAGGCUUUCUGUUGAAUUGCAGAUGAUCAUAAUGUAGUAUUUAUAAACUGGAAGUGAAGUAACUGAUUGUUUCCCCACAGAAACAAAAGCUGGCUGAAAUCACAGAGCAGCAGACGAGUUCAUCAAAAACUAUGCAAGGUAAAUGAAAGAGAAAUAGUAAGACAAAUUAGUAUUGUCUGCUUUUUUUAUCAAAUCGAUUCUCCAGGGAUCUAAAAUGUUGAGUCUUUGUCUCGCAGAAACACUUGAGAAGCUCAGUAAGAAAGAGGAGCAGUGCACAUCCCUGACCACAGAAUCAGAGUCUCUAAAGAGCCAGCUCUCUGGUGAGAACAUUGAGCUGUAUUUUCUGUGUUGAACUUUUUCCCCUCAGAGUUAGCAGUGUUUUUGAUUGUCGUAUUAUUGUCCUUUAUUUUAUAUAGGGCUGGAAAGGAAACUGAAGGUUGCCGAUGAAAAGCUCGAACAACUUUCCAAGGACAAAACCAAGCUGGAGAAUGAUAUUUCAGACAUGAUGAAGGCCUCAGGUGAUAGUUCAGUGCAGCUGACCAAAAUGAAUGAAGACCUCAAGCAUAAAGAGAGGUACCACACUCGGCUUUUCCUUACACCCAUGUUGGAACAUUACUCGACUUAAAAAAACUGUCAGUCUUGGAUACAUCUUGUUGGGACAUUAUAUGAAAAAAGUCCAUUUGUUUCUCACUAACCUAACCUGUCAGUUUAAACAAGUCCCUUCACACAUAAUUUGAGUUUUUUUCGAUCUUCACACAGGAGGCUUGAGGAGUUGCAGAAUCAACUUACAGAGGAGAAGGAGAAAGUGGCGCACUUGAAUGAACAAGUCCAGCAGGAACAAUCCCGCAAGGAGCAAGAGCUGAAAGAAACUAAAGAUACACAUCAGACUCAAAUAAACAGCCUUCAGGAGAAGAUUGCUAGUUUGGUUGGUAUCAAAGGGCAACACUCCACAACCUGUUAUUUUGUGCAAGAAGAAGAAUGAACUUAAUUGUAAACAUGGAAAACCUUUUACAAACAGGAAAAUUGGAAUAGCUGGGUGACUGUGCUGUGCGGUUUAGCUGUGAUUUCAGAGGUAGAUUAAUAUUUGAAUGUGGUCUUUGUUUUCUGCUUUGUAGGAGAAGACUGUCAAGCAGGGUCAGACUAGCAUCGAGGAGCUGAAGAGCUCACAUGAAAAAUCCAUCUCUGAUGCCUCAGAUCUCCAUGUGAAGGAGCUCGAGGUGCUGAACAGUCAGGUUGAUAAGUUGAAACAGGAGCUCACUUCCUCAAAGGAUAAAACCCAGGAGCUGGAGAAGUUGGUAUCUGAGCUGCAGCCGUACAAGGAACAAGCUCAGGUAAGCACAAACCCCCUCAAAGGUGCAGAAUCAAAAUGUUUAAACCUUUCUGAGAGGAACAUGUGUAUCGUCCAAAGGUUAUGUAUUACCACUCAAGCAUUCUGAUCUGUCCUUUUAUUUAGAUGAAAUUUUGAUAACUUUAAACAUCAUGAGAGGUGUUAUUGUGCCAGUGUUAAACACCAGAACAAGAAUAAAGCUUUGCAGGAAAAUUUUUUGGACUUUGUAUGAACAUAUAUCACUACCAGAAACUGAACCCUGAACCCUGUGAUCCUCAACAUUUUCAUUUGUUGCUCCUCUUCCCUCCUUGACAAUGAGGCUCCUAAGCUUUUUUUUUUUCUCAUUUUCAUCUGAUCUUCAUCUGUUCGGUGCUGUGGGCUUUCUGCUUGCAGGGAUGUAACUGGCAAAAUCAUUUCAAAGAUUAACUUAAGGGCAAUUUAUAAUGAUUCCAAAAAUAAAGAAAUUGUCUACAGAUUGAAACUAGUUGUCAUCCAGUCACUCAUUGGAGUGUAAUUACACUGGGUUGAUUUCACAGUGAUUUAGUGCAUGUUUAGCUAAUGGUUAAGUAUUUUUUCAGAUUGCUUUAACCAAAACUGAAACUGAUUUUUGCCCCUGCUCUCAUUUUUAUUAGCCUCAUAUUUAAUUAAAGCAGAACAUUUUCACUUUCUGACAGAAGUACUGUUUUUGGAUUUUAUAAUCAUGAUAAUUGACAAAAAUUACCCAAUUCAGAACACCCAUUAUUUUUGAUUGUUAAAAAUUCAAAAUCACAAUUAUGCAUACACUGUGUUAAUUUUCAUAAUUGAUAAUUGAUAAUUCAUAUUUGAUAAGUAAUCUACAACUGUGCCUUACACAAAUCGAAGUGCUAUUUUAAAGCGCGUUUUUCCCAUGUUCUAGUAAAAAUUCAGGAGCUGGAGUGAAAAUGUUCUACCUCUCAUAUUUUUGAAAAUCAUUUCCGAGUAAUCUUUUGCCAUUUUGAGCUUUUUUUUCCUGCAGCUUAACCUUUCCAAUUGCAUACCACUUUUGUUCAUAUAUCCACUCGGUUUGUUUUUGGAUUCAUCUUACUGUUACCUGUAUCUAUGCCCCCCUACCCCCUCUCUCCUUUUUUUCUUUCAUCUUUAUUUUCCCAGCGACUUUCUGCUGAGCUUGACUCCUCCAAGCAUGAUGUUGAAAAUUUGCGCAAAAAAGUGGAAAACCAGAGUCUAGAUCUGGAAAAGUAUAGUAAGGAGAUUAAGGCUGUCGAGGCUGAGAAAGAGGAUCUCAAGAAACAGCGUUCAGCUUUGCAGACUAAGCUCUCUGACCUUGAAAUAAGUCACCAGGAGCUGUCAGUCCAGAACGAGGAACUGCUAAUAACCAGAGAUAAGCUUUCAAAAACUCAAGAGGAACUACUUCACAACAAAAAACAAUCAGAUGAAGAAACUAUGUCAUUGAACAAGCAGCUGGGAAAGCUCAGAGAUAGUCAUGAAGAAGUCCUAGAUGAAAACAAAAAACUGAAACAUAAUGAAGUUGAACACCAGGCCCAAAUCGAGAAGCUUCAAAGCAAGAGUGCUAAGCUAGAAGACUCACUGCUAAAGCAUCAACAGGACAUCCAACAAGUUGAAGCAAAAAAUAAGGAACUACUGGAAAGUUAUGAAAACUCUUGUACAGAGAGGACCCGCCUCGAAGAAGAUCUCAAAGAAAUGAAGUCAAAGCUCACGUGUGAGAAAGACAAUCUCAUUUUAGAGCGAGAUUCUGCAAGAAACGCAAAAAAAUCUCUGGAUGCAAAGAACACUGAGUUACAGGCAAAACUCAAAACCUCCAACUUAGAAAAAGAAGAUCUCACAAUGAAGAACACCCAGCUGCAGGCCCUCACCGAAACAUUGACGAAAGAGAAGUCCGAGAUGUCCCAGGAAAUCACCGCUGCUGCGUUGGAUAAAGAGAACCUUAAGACAGCAAAGGAGGAGCUCCAGAAUAAACUCAGUACCACUAAAAAAGAUUUAGAAAACUCAGUCCGUGAAUGUGAAGAACUUAAAGCCUCUAAACUGAGCCUGGCCCAGAUGCUGGAGGAGUUCAAGACAAGCAGUCAGGUGACUGAUUCAGAGAGGCUUCACCUUCUGCAGGAGAAAGAGGACCUUCUGGCCACCCAGAGAAAAGUCUGUAGUGAGAAGGAAGAGCUCCUCAGAGAAGUGGGAGAAUUAAAGGAGAAGCUCCAAACCACGAAAGAACAGUUCUCUCAGUCCAACGAAAAAUUCAAAGAAGCACAGUCAUCUUUUGAGCAAGAGAAGAAGACAUUUCUCCUGCAGAAUUCUGAAACAGAGAUGGCUCUUCAUACUGUGAGAAAAGAAAAGAUGAGUCUGGAUUCAGCACUCGAGCAGCAGAAGAUGGAUUAUGAGCGUUUGGUGGGAGAGAAAGGAGAAUUAGAAGAGAAGCAAACGAAAACCAUAUCAGAGAAAAAUGCUCUUUCUCUGGAGCGAGAUAAGCUAGCAAGCGAUAUCCGAACAAUGAAAGAUCAGUUGGACAGUUUCUCCAAAGCUAAUGCUGUCAGCACUCAAGAAAAGUCUGACUUAACGUCAAAACUCGAGGAAACGAAACGACAGAAAAAUGAAACUGAAGCAAUGAUCACUUCUCUGAAACAAGAAAAGCUGGACCUCCAAAAUGAACUGCAGAAACAAAAGUCUGAUAUUCAGAUUCUCGAAAAAGGCAAAACCGAACUCGCUCAAGAGCAAAGUAAGCAGAAAACAGAUUUAGAGAAGUCUAAUUCAGAACUCGUUCAGAAGGUUGGUGACCUGACGAAAGACUGUGAGCGGUUACAAUCGUCGCAGACCGAGGCGAACAAAAAAGUGCAGUCCUUGAUGAAAGAGAACCACGCCCUGCUUCAGGAGAUCCAGGAGUUAAAGGGUCAGGCUGAAUCAGAGUCAAAGGCCAAGCUCCUCCUCGAGUCACAGUUACAGGCUGAAUCCGGUGAAAGGAGCAAAGUAAUGUCUGACAAGGAUAGCCUCUCCAAACAAAUCGAGGAGCUGGAGAAAAAGUUGUCCACCGUCAACCAAGAAAAUAAAGAGAUUUCCUCCAACCUUAAGAACGCCGAUGAGCAAAAGAAGUCUUUGAUGGGAGAUAUGGAGGCGUUGAGAGUGCAGCUGAAGGAGCAAGAACAAGCCGGCCAUCAUUUAAGAGAAGAAAAAGAACAGUUAUCGUCUAAACUUGAAAAUCUGGACAAACAGAGGAGUGCCCUGACCACAGAGAAGGAUGACCUCUUAGCUGGACGCUGUAAAUUGGAGCAGGAAAUUUCCUCCCUCCACACAAGCCGAGAUACUUGGCUCUUAGAACAAACAAAGCUCCUGGGAGAGAUAGAGAAGUUGCACACCAGUCAGAAACAACUUGAGGUUGAUAUCAAGGCUCUACAAACUGAUAAAGAGCUUUUAGAAAAGCAGUACAAAACUGCGGUGGCACAGGUUUCAGCAUCUGCUGUUGCGAAGGAAGAGAUUUCCACCAGUAUCUCAAACCUGACAGCCCAGAAGGAUGUCCUGCAGGCGGAGAGAGAUGAAGCUACCCAGCAAGUCAGGCAGCUUGACAGCCAACUCAAAAAUGCCAUUUCUAAGCAGCUUGAGGUAUUCCUCCCCCAGUAGUGAUCACUGACGCACAUACAGCACCUUAGAGUGGCUGGGGCUAUUUCUCCUACUCACUGCAUGUUGCUUGUUUGUCUCCCUCUUCCUUUGCCUUUUGGUUUUCGUGUCUCACUUUCAUCUUCCAUUCACUAACAGCUGUUAUAACACUCCUUAGCUCCCAGCCUGUGCCUGUGGGCUUAUAACGUGAUCUAGGAAUAAAUUAUUGCACAAGUUAAUGAUGUGGGAACUUCUCAGAAAUUGUUCUGAACUUUCUGCUUUAUAGAUUCUAUCCUAAAUAAUCUCCAGAUAAUGUCAUUCAUUCCAGUUUUGGAGUUUCAGAGAUGUAGAUCAUCUUUGAACUACCUGAAGAUUUCAAUUUCAUGAACAGAGAUGGUAAAAUGUUUUGGUACAGAGCAGCUUUCUGGGAUUAUGAAAGAACAACAACAACAAAAAAGCUUUGAAUUAUUAUUUAACUUUGAGAAGGUCCCACAUAAACAGCCUACAAAAAGAACGACCAAACAUUUCUUGUAGUUUUUUCCAGGAUGAUCAGUAUCCGUUCUGAGGCCACAGGCUGUAGAGUAUCGUAGUGAUAACACUCUUUUUUUCCCCUCUUCAGUUUUAAUUUGGUAAUUCUCAGAGUAAAAAAAAGAAUAAUGAGCUCAGGUUUAAAAACUUGAGUCUAAAUCAGUAAUUUAAUGGCUCUUAUGAAGCAUGUUAGUAAUUUAUUGAAUAAUAUUCAAAUGAGAUCAUUAGUUUAGGUCAAAUCCUGCACUCUGAAUAGUUAUUUUCUACCUAAAAAUAUUCACACUCGAUGAUAUUCACUCUUAUCCUUUUAAUGGGAAGCUUUUGUUCUGAACAAAUCUUCUGCCCUCGCAUCAUUUAGGCUUUAGAGGCCUCCGGCAAGACUGCUGAGGCUCUUGAACAGCUGACGAAAGAGAAAGCCACUUUGAUGCAGGAGAAGAAUGAAGCUCAAUCAUUGGUGAAGGAGCUCCAGAGCUCCAAACAGGAGGUGGAGACUCAGGUAAGAAGUGCCAGUGUCAACCAGCAGUGUCGCUUUUCUCAUUACACACUCUAUUAUAGAGAAAUGAUAUAUGAUGAGAUUCUAUGACUAAUAAAUGUCAUUUUUGGUAUAGCUAAAAAAAUUGAAGGAAGAAAAGUCGAAGUACCAGGAUGAUCUGAAAGUAUCAAAGGAGCAGCUUUGCACAGAAACUCAGAGGACCAAGACCCUCAGCCAGGAAAUGUGAGUUCAUCCUACGUCCUCGUCUGUUGAUGUAUCGGAUUGUUUUCUGUUUAAAUAGGAUGAUCUAAUUAUAAAAUCUAGAUCCAAAAGCAUAAGAGAGGGGAAAGAGACUUUUUUAAAAUCUAGCAGAUACUAUCCAUGUGAUUCUGAUUGUUUUGUCGUGACUGAAUUCUGUGUAUAUUCAGUGAGGAGCUCAAAGAGGCCGUUUCCACGAAGGCGCAGUCGCUCCAAACGCUGCAAGAUGAGAACAGCAAGCUGACGCAAGAGCUUGAUAAGAAACACAAAGGCCAGAGUGAUGUUGUCAAGGUGCAAUAAUUAGUCUUUUUUGUGAAGUCAUGAUUUUGUGUUUUAGCAAAUGAUCAUCUCACCGUAACUGUGUUCACUGUUCUUUUCCCAGCUCAAAGAUGAACACUCCAAACUUAAGAAACAGCUGAAAGAGAUGAAGCAAAGGUAAGAACGAAGAAUCACCUGAGAUGUAUGAGUUUUCUCAGCAGUAUCACGACUAUUUGGAGGUGUGUUGUCAUAAAAGGGGAAAUGCUCAAGCCUGUGCGAUGAUAGUAAAUAAACAGUGCAAUGCUAUUGUGACGUACAUGGUAUGACAUGCUGCUUUUUCCCCUCAAAGCCUGCCACAUAAUGCCUUCAGGUACCUCUCGCCUCUCCUCUGAUGUCUGUUAUUUUCAUGUUGUACCAAUAUAUUUAAGAAAGAAAAGUUAGCACAGAAUUAGGAACAAGUUAGGGCAGACGUUAAACAGGUUUGAAGUAGAAUAUGAAACUAAACCUGCUUCGUUAUACGUCUACAGUGAUUUAUAAAGUGUUUCUUUUGCUGGUAUUGCAUGCAUGUUUUUGAAAACAACAAAAAAAGUAUCAAUUUCUUAAAGUGGCUUAAAGCGUGUUGUGUUUAUGACAGUGAGAGCACCUUGAAGGAGCAGUUUGACAAGGAGAAGGCCGCCCUCCAACAGUCCAUCCACAAAAACAGUGCCUUAGUUUCAGAAAAGGACCACCAGGUGGAAAACCUGAAGAGCGAGGUAAGAGUGAAUCUGUCAUCGGCAGUGUGUGCUGUCCUAAGUCUAAAGCUAACAGGAAAUAAAUCCAAGCAGGCUACAAAGUGAGACGACAUCGACAAGCCUUUAGACAAACACACUGUGACUUCCAACUAUCAAAACUUUUUUUACUUCUAUUGCUGCUAUUCUCAUGUUAGUGUGUGAUAUUUCUCCCAGUAUUAAAUUAAUAUUUUAAAAGCGAAGUGUAAAAUUUCAUUGGAGAAAUAUCGUAUUCGUUGUGGUCUUGUCAGCUUGCUGCACUGCGUGGCGAAAGUGCCUCAGUUAAGACACUGCAGGGUACAAUCCAGGCGUUAGAGCGGGACAAGGGCGACCUACAGGAGCGAGUGAAGAGACUGGAGAAGGACCUGACCACAGGGCCAGACACCAUCACUCAGUCUUCAGGUAAGACUCAGACAUUAAUAUUUCUGCGAUAAAUACAGGUGAUUUGUUUGUAAAGCGACUUUAAAAUUAAAACGAUCACCUUUCUACUCUGGUAUCUGAUUUUCUUUCCAAGGUGAUGCAGUUUUGGACCAACUAAGGGAGGAUAAGGAGACAGCAGAGAGUCAGGUUUGUGUAUCUUUCCUCUCAUUUUAUAACAAACAGGCUAAAAACAGGUUUUCUCAUUCAUACAUUCAGCGUAAAGACUCUUUCCCUACCUCUGCUCUGAGAGUUUUCCCAUUGUACACAACACCUCGUUCAUGUUUGUAAUGAAAAGCGGGAAGUGGUAUGGAAACAGCCUUACUGAAUGCUGUUUGUGAAAUGACUGUGCUGCUCACUCAGACUUAUACUAACAAGUACUUCUGAUGUAGCAGUUAACUGAUGACUUGUGUGGCUUUUACAGUAUAAUGUUUUGACGGAGGUGAAUCACAAGAUUAAAAGGAAUCUCCACUUCAGCUCUUCUCGAAUCGAUCAGUAUCCCGUUUUUACCGAUCGAGUGUUCCCCCCCGCAGUGGUGGAGAUGUCAGAGUGUGUGUCAUUAGCUUUCCUCCUCCUCCUCCUAUCCUCCAGUCUCUCUUUAUUCUAAAAUGUUAUACUGUAUGCUCUGUGUCAGUGAUGACUUGACUGUGUUGUCUGGCAGUAGGAGGAGGUCCUAAUUUAAAUCUCAUUUUUUUCUUUUUUCUUCUCCUCUCCUCUGCCCUGUCUCUGAUGUUGGCAAUGCUACACCACCAUCAGGCAGCGGUUUGUUCAUGUUUUUCAUCAGCUUCACUUGUGCAUGUUUGUCUCUCACUGCCACUGUUUUGUUCCGUAGUUCACAUUUUAGAAAAAUACUGUCCUCCAAAGACAAAUCAAGCUUGAUCUAUCUCUCCUGAAAAAAAAGGGAAACUAAGGUUGAUGUAGUUGCCGAGUAGACAGCACAUCUACUUACUGAACCUACUUGUGAUAAAUUUCAAGCUCUGGUUUUUCUUUGGCUAACGCCUCACUAACAGUUCACCGUGUCAGUCAGGAGUGGCUUAAAGGUGGGGUUAGCAGGAUCUGAGGAAGUGCCAGUUUUGGGGAGAAAUCUCGAAUGUAAACUCUACCCCUCCCAGCCAGUUAGCCCCGCCCACAAACAGACGCUCCUGCUCGCUCGUAUCGUUCCAAUUAAAUUCAGAUAUAAUGCAGAUAAAUACUUCAGAUAAUUACAAACGGGGCCCAGUCAAGGUGAAAGUGAAAAGCAUUGGUGCUACUGUAGAUGCCAACAGACUACCAGCAAACACAAUGUUUGCAGGACUUCUACAACUAGGAUGAAGUGACAUAGUCCAGGACCCGAGAGAGACAGUUUAGUGGCGCUACAACACGCUACAGCAGGUCCGUUUGACAAGAAACACUUCUGUUACAGACACUUUUACUUUGUUAAAGCGGUUUACCUGUCCAGCAGAAAGGUUACAGGGUCCAUAAGAUCCCGAAGCUUCCCCCAUCAUUGUUGAUCCGGCUUCUUAGCUCUUGACUGGUCUACCUCAGUUUUAAGGCCUCCUGUGUUGGCAGUCGUGGCCAAAAACAGAUUCAGACAAUUUUCCGAACUUUCUGGUUGGUUUCUACUGUCCGAUAUUGUAGCACGCUAACAUUAUUUGGGCUCGUGAACAUUAUUCGAGGACGUCAGAAAGAGCGGGCUGCUCAAAAAAAUCAAAAUGUUGAGUACACCGACAUAACAAAACACAGUGAUAUAUUCCCAAAUGUCAUCACUAAUAGCUAAAGACUGAUAUUAAAAGCUUUUUUGUAAUUACACCACAAAAUAAAGAUGCUUCUUUAACAGAUUCCUGCCUACUCCACCUUUAACUUAUUUCAGGGAUAUAGCAGCAGAGUCACUUUUGUUUGUGGUUCAUGUCACAGCACAGAGGCAGAGCACACAUGCACGCUACAGUAAAUAACACCAGCUUCUAUUAUUAUAAGUGCUGAGCAGGAAACUGUGUUGAUAGAUAAUGGACCACACAUCAUAAGCCACACUCACGCUUGUUUUUUUAUGUGCUGUACAGAUCGAUUUCCUGAAUUCAGUCAUCGUCGAUCUCCAGAGGAAGAACAAGGACUUGAGCGACAAACUGGAAAAAAUGGCCGCUGCUGCUCUCAAUGGCAAUAGUCCAAGUGAGAUGGAUAAUUAUGACAAGUAAGUCCUGUUUACAACAGACCUCCCCAGGCCUCCUGUGUCACUGGAUAGUCACGCUUACAUGGAGCUUCUUUCAUUUUUCUGCAGCCACGACAAAGAAUCCGGGAAGAAGAAGCUCCCCCCGCGGCUGUUCUGCGAUAUCUGCGACUGUUUCGACCUCCAUGACACCGAGGACUGUCCCACACAAACACAGAUGUCCGACUCCCCUCCACACACCACGUACCACGGCACCAAGGGCGAAGAACGGCCCUACUGCGACAUCUGUGAGGUCUUCGGCCACUGGACGGACACCUGCAACGACGACCAGACCUUCUAAAGCCUUUUUAUUCCACCCUCGCUCGCACAAUCAAUAUAUUUGCACAUCAUGUUUCCAUCAAGCGGUGUUUUUAGGGUUUUGGUUUUUGUGUGCGCGUUUGAUGUGCUUGUUUUUGCCAAGCAUCUUUAUCGUACACGCCAGUCCUUAAGCGCUCUUACAGGAGAACAGUCUCCUCACCAUCUCUUUCCAAACUCAACUCUGCCAUCCAGGCGAAACAAACACACAGCAGUGGACAAUAUUUGUUAUUGAACAUGUCUUUGGAAGAAAACGGUUUGGUAUCCUGGGUUUGUGUGAGUGUCGGGGUUCUGUUUGUGGAUGAAUCAUUAUCGGGGAAGGGAUCGUCUUUUUCAGAUCUUUAAACUUAUCACAACCUGACAUUGUUUGCACAGCUUGUUGGGGGACUACAAAGAAAAUAUAGUAUCAUAAAAGGUGUUUAUUUCAAAUUGUAAAUGAAUCCAGUGAAAAACCAAUGUCAGUUUGCGCAAAAAAAGGUAAGCUAUAGUUUAUUUUUUUAAGUCUGGAAAUACUAUGUACUCUACGGUUUGAUAGUACGUGCAUCAUUUUGUGAGGGGUAAUAAGAGGGGAAUGAAACCCAGGGCUAUUUGGCUGUAAGAGAACGAUUUUUUAUGGUCUACCUGAAGGAAGUGCUGGAUGAUUGGUGAGAAUUGAAGCACUUCACACUUUCUGUAACCUCUCAGUUCCAGUAAAAGGGCCUUUCUAAAGUUUCUUUGCAAUCAAAAGACCAUUUCUGUAAGGAAUUAUUGAAAAAUAAGGCAUUCUUUUAAAAUGUUUUGAAUAUCUGUAAAGAAAUAAAGGAAUUUAUGUAUAAAUUAAAAAAAAUAUCUCUGUAUUCACUUCUCUUUGAAGACCAAACUCAGUUAAAGAAACGUGAAAAGACGGAGUUUACUGACAGUCUGACAGAGCCAGUUCAGGAGUUUACGUCUGAGACCAGAACUCUCUGAGCUUCAGAUACAGACUGCCAUUUCUCCAGCUCCACUC